GCAUCCCCACCACGCUGACUGUGCGAUCACAAACGCCAGUUGCGUCCGAGUUGUGUGCUCGCUAACACGAAAGUCUGUUUCAUGUACUUUGCCAUGUCGAUCGCGGAGUGAUGCCGGAGAAGGAUACUUCCUUCCCGCACGAUCAGGUGCAAAUUCAUCAUCUUUACCACCCGCAUCCUCUUCCACAUUCAUCCGCUUACCAAGCACCACCACCACCCUUUCCGUCUGCCUUUGUUACUAUUCGCCCUGAACCAACGCAACCCCCAACCGGCCUUUAUCUCUGGGAUGCUGCUGUAGCUGCUGCAACUUCAUUUCACCACGGAUUUCCCAACUCUAGCAACUAUGCCGAUUUUCAAAGGUUAAAUACAGCUCGACGUACCGAAGUUCCUACGAUGCAAGAUGAUGUUGAAACAACAUCCACGCCACCAAUGGACUUUCAUCCCGCCUAUCGGAUUGCACCUGGAUAUAUGGAACAUCUGUACAGCCUGCAACAUGCCAGCCCAACGUCAUCAUUGCACGGACUAAAUCUGAGUGGAGACUUCCUGGCUGGCCGGGCGCCUUUGUCUGAUUUGCACGUUGCUAAUUCACUCGCUAGUGCUGAUUUUCACUUUAGCAUUGAUGGCUCACGACUUAGUACACCACGGCCAGGUAGCCUGAGAACUUCAGUGAGUCGCAAAAGGCCACUUUCAUCGUCACCUUACUCCGACACCUUUGACAUUAAUAGCAUGAUCCGCUUCUCGCCGAACUCACUGGCAGCCACGCUUGUGGGUGGUUCAAGAGCAUCCUCAGCCGCUGGAAGCUACGGUCAUCUUUCAGCGGGUACACUAAGUCCGGCCCUUGGAAUGCAUAUGACCCCACAUCUACAGCAAUUACAGGCGCACUUAUUACGUAAUGCAAGUGGCUCUACAUUUUCCAUAUUUCCACAAACAACUACGUGGCUUCGCACGGAAGAACCAACACCUACAUCACGCCAAAAUGAUCAGCCUAGUAGUAGUAGUCAGGUUGCACAAGUAGAGGCGGACAGUGCAUCAGCAACGAUAAGGAGACGAUCAAUGGCUUUAAAACGUGAACUACCUCUUGAGCAACAAGCAGCGGAUACAACAGACCAUAAAGACGAACCAGGUGAUUUCGUGGAAACCAAUUGUCAUUGGAGAGAAUGCGCUCUAGAGUUCGCAACUCAAAAUGAAUUAGUCAAGCACAUCAAUAACGACCAUAUCCAUGCAAAUAAAAAGUCUUUCGUGUGCCAGUGGGACGAAUGUACACGAGACGAAAAGCCUUUCAAAGCACAAUAUAUGUUGGUGGUUCAUAUGAGGAGACACACAGGCGAAAAGCCUCACAAGUGCACUUUUGAAGGCUGCUGUAAGGCCUACUCGCGAUUGGAAAAUCUCAAAACUCACUUGCGCUCUCAUACUGGUGAAAAACCUUACAUGUGUGAGUAUCCAGGCUGCAGUAAAGCAUUUAGUAAUGCAUCAGAUCGUGCCAAACAUCAGAAUCGCACUCAUAGUAAUGAGAAACCAUAUAUAUGCAAAGCGCCAGGAUGUACUAAGCGUUAUACAGACCCAAGUUCACUGCGAAAACAUGUUAAAACCGUACAUGGAGCUGAGUUUUAUGCCACAAAGAAACACAAAGGUACCGAUAAUCAUCCACAUGGUAGUAACGAGGAUGGAGGUAACUGCGUAGAUUCAUCACCGCGUAGUGAUGAGCUAACAUCAGGGAAGACCAAUUGUAUCAGCAGCCCUAGCAUCAAAUCAGAGUCUGAAGCAACUUCACCUACUUUACAAGCCACAUCACCAACCACUAACAUGUUGUUAGAGGAUUAUGAAGGCCUGGUAACAGAUGGGGAGCCAGCUUGGCCUUAUGAAGAUGAUGAUGUAGAGGCAGCUGAUUUACCAGUAGUAUUGCGUGCUAUGGUCGGGCUUGGGGGUACUAGUGUAGUUCGUGGUCGGUUCAGAAGUCCACGACUAGCCACAAAACCCACUCUGUUAUCUAAUAUUCCCGAAGCAAAUGCUGCUAUUGGUGAACUCAAUCGUCGCAUUACUAAUCUUAAAAUGGAGCCUGGCGUAGAGCUCAAGCCAAUACGCAAGGACAGCGCAACCAGCGUUGCCAGCAGUUACUAUGGAUCAAUGCGCAGUGCUGAUAUAAGCCGACGGAGUAGUCAAAUAUCACAUGUGUCGUCGAGAGGGAUUGCCGCCCAAUCACUGUACGAUCCUAUCUCACCAGGCAGCUCCCGCCGAUCCAGUCAAAUGAGUACAACAACCACAGGGGGCCAAAGCUUUCCACCAGUGCCCUCAUCACACCUCCUGACAGCACACUUACAGCGCUUUGAGGGUGAAUCUCACUUACACCAUCCAAAUGAAGAAGUUAUGUUAGAUGAGGUGGCCGAGGGAGAGAUGGUUGAAGCAAAGCUUGUUAUUCCUGAUGAAAUGCUGCAGUAUCUUAAUCAGGUGCAAGCGAUACAGCAAGAAGAAGUCAUAUCAGCACCUUUGGUAACGAGCUGUGACUACCUACCACAAUUUAGCGAGAUUGCAUCCCUUAAUAUGUCUGUGGACACUGUAGAAACAAAGGCAACAGAAAUCCAGUGCUGUGAUAUAAGUCAGUCGCAGAUAGAUGUAAAGAGCCGCCAUGGCAUGCGGCAAGAGGUGUAUCAACGCACUCUGGAGUAUGUGCAGAGUUGCCAGAACUGGACUGAAACGGACGCCGCAGUAACGUCUUCUACCCACCCUUCAUCAUCCAAUAUGAUCGUAAAUGACAUGAGCAGUAGCCUUAGUAAUCUGUUGGAAGAAAAUCGCUUCUUGCAACUAAUCCAUCUAUGAAAAGAGAGUGCCAUUUAGCCAUAUCACCCCCACCGUAAACAUAAGAGUGCCAAGGACACACGCAGUGCAAAUGUAGGUACAUACAUCACAUCACGUUAUACUGCUCUAAUGACCAUCACAAUUUUUAUUAAAAUCCAUGAGUAUUAAGACUGUUUAAAUGUUCAAAAUGUUUGUGACAUCAUCAGCUAUCAUUUGGUCCAAAAAUUGGGUCAAUCAGGGAUGUGGCCCUGAACUGGAGUAGUGACCAAAUUUUGAUUUACUUAAACCAUGUAAUCCACGUUGAAAUUGACAUAGUGUCUUUGCAUUUAUUGUUGAUCCGUAUGGUGAAAACACAGCAUUUGUAAUUUGUCAUCUAUUCAUCUCUUUCUUCACCACGCGUAUCGUGUAUUUUCUUUCCUACUAUGUCAGCGGCCGACUCUUACAUGUCGAGACAGCCACC